UUCUCAGCUGGAACUGAGACCUCAUCAUCAGCCAUUGAUUGGACGAUAGUAGAACUAAUGAAAAACACUAGAGUGAUGGCCAAGGCACAAGCUGAACUAAGACAAGUCUUGAAAGAAGGCACUACUGCUACUACUUUAGAACAAAAUGACGUUGUUCAUAAACUGAAAUAUCUGAAACUGGUGAUCAAAGAGAGUUUGAGGCUACACCCUCCAGUUCCAAUGUUGCCUAGAGCUUCUAGGGAGGCAUGCAAAGUCAAAGGAUACACAAUACCUGCUGAUGUUAGGGUGAUGGUGAAUAUUUGGGCUAUGCAUAGGGAUCCAAACUUCUGGAAAGAUCCAGAAAGGUUCGAGCCCGAGAGAUUCGAGAAUGAUGGUGUGGAUUUCACUGGUGGUGAUUUUCAGUACUUGCCAUUUGGAAGUGGAAGAAGAAUGUGCCCUGGAAUCAUGUUUGGUUUGGCUACUGUGGAGUUGGCUUUAGCUCAACUGCUUUACAACUUCGAUUGGAAACUUCCAGAAGGUGUUAGGGUUGAAGAUUUGGACAUGAUUGAAAAUGAUGGAAUUACGACUUCAAGAAAAGACAAUCUCUUUGUGGUUGCCACUCCAUAUAAACCAUCGAUGUGAGAUCUUGGUUACAUAUCAUAUACAUAUCCACAUAUACAAUAAAACUUGAUAUAUGCCGUUAAUGUUUUCUUCGUCACUUUAUAAGGUUUAUUUGUAUUCGAAAAUAAAAUGUCCGAUAGUAGUGUCUAUACUACUAAUUUGUAUUAAAUAUACGAAGCAAAUUAUAAUGAUAUCCAAUGCUCUAU